UCACUCACGAACAUUCUCCCCCAAAUCUCAGCCCCCAACCUAGCUCUCUCUCCAUCGGCCGGCGGCCGGCUGCGCCCCGAAUCCCUCGCCGUCGGCUGCGCCCCCAAAUCCCUCGCAUAUUCCAUUCUCUCGUUCGCCCCCUCCGCCCCCAAAUCCCUCGCCUCUUCCAUCCUCUCGUCCGCCCCCUUCGCCUGAUUCGCUGGUCCGUAGCCCAACGACCCGCUGCCUCCGAAGUGUCGCCGGCAAAGCUUCCCGCGGCUUCCGGAAGAGGGUCGUCGUCAACGACCUCGUGGCCGUUGUCGCUCGACCACCGCAUCCUUCCCUGAGCGGCGCCCUUUCCAAUCCAGGUUACAGGACUUCUGAAGUUAUUUCACUUGUUGACGAGAAAGAAAACAUAGUUAAACUGCUGAUUGUCAAGGAUUAGAUCUUGGAUUUGCUAGUGGAUUUUGGGAGUUUCUUAGCUAGCUUGGUGACUCCAUAUUUUUCACUAUUUCAGCAAGUCUUUGAAUUUGUUAAAUGGCAGAUCGUGCAUGGAUGUAUAAUGGUUGGCAGUAUGGUCAAAUUCCCUCUAACCUAUGGCUUGAACAAACCAACCGAUUUCUAGAGCAUGCAUUCUCUUUUCCAGGCAUAGCCGAAGGUGGUAAAAUCAAGUGUCCAUGUGCCAAGUGUCGUAAUUAUAAUAAGCGCAGCAGGGAUGAGGUAGAGAAACACUUGUAUAAAUACAGGUUCAGGGAAAACUAUGAAACAUGGAUAGAACAUGGUGAGAAGUAUGUUCCUAGCCAAGAGGGAUCUUCCUCUGCCACAAACUAUGCGAGGCAUGAUGAAAUUGACCGAAUGGACAAUAUGUUAGUUGACCUAGGUGGCAACUGUCCUCCACCGAUUGAUGAAGAACCAACCUCCUCUGCCAAGGCUUUCUAUAGGAUGGUUAGCAGUGCUGAUGAAAUUGUCCAUGAGAACACAACACACUCGCGUCUUUCUGCAGUAGCUCGUUUGCUAGCACUGAAAUCUCAGUACAAUAUGUCAAUUGCAGAAUAUGAUGAUGUGUUACAAAUCAUCCAUGAACUUAUGCCUCUGGGUGCUAACUUGUCCAAGGACUUCUACCAAUCUAAGAAACUCUUAGAAGGCCUUGGUAUGCCUUAUGUCAAGAUUGAUGUGUGUAAAAAUAAUUGCAUGUUGUACUAUAAAGAUAAUGAGCAUAAAGAAAAGUGUGACAUCUGCGGUACAUCUCGCUAUGAGGAAGGCCAGAAUAAAGUCCCACAUAAAGUGUUGAGAUAUCUCCCUCUUAAAGAUAGAUUACAGAGGUUGUAUGCUCACGAGGAAACAGCAAAACAUAUGCAGUCACAUAGUCGUUCCAAUUCUGGUAAGAUGGUCCACCCUAUCGAUGGUGAAGCUUGGCAAGGGUUUGACAAGGACUUCCCAGAAUUUGCAGAAGAUCGUAGAAAUGUCCGUCUUGUCAUAGUCGGUGAUGGUUUUACACCAUACAAGUUGAAUGCUAUUCCAUAUACUUGCUGGCCUAUUUUUGUAGCUCCAUUAAACCUUCCACCGGGUAUUCUCUUGAAACCAGAGUAUAUAUUCCUUAGCCUUGUUAUCCCUGGUCCUGAACAUCCUGGAAAAAAUUUGAGUGUCCUAAUGCAACCUUUAGCUGAUGAACUGAUGCAAUUGUGGGCGGGGGUUGAAACAUGGGAUGCUUAUCACAAGGUAAACUUUCCAACGAAAGCGGCUUUUCUAUGGUCAGUCCACGACUUUCCUGCCUUUGGUAUGUUCGCUGGGUGGAGCACCCAUGGCAAGCUAGCAUGCCCCGAAUGCAUGAGUGAUUCCAAAGCAUUUACUCUUCAAUACGGGCGGAAGCCUUGCUGGUUUGAUUGUCAUAGGCGCUUUCUACCUCCAGAUCAUGAAUUCAGAUUCCAGGCCAAUUCGUUUAGAAAGGAUACAAUAGUGUUAGAAGGGCCUCCAAGGCAUUUAAUAGGAGAGGAAGUGGAAUCUCACAUGUACACACAUGUGAAUGACACCUUCAAUUACAAUAAAUUGCACAAUUAAACUCACAUAAGCUGCUUUUGGCAACUUCCAUACUUCAAAAAGUUGAAGCUCCGACACAACAUCGAUGUGAUGCACAAUGAAAAAAAUGUAGCUGAAGCUAUAUUUAACACAUGCUUUGACAUUCCUGAUAAAACUAAAGAUAAUGUGAAGGCAAGAAAAGAUCUAGCUGAAAUUUGCAACCAUCCUUCGAUGCACUUGAAACUGAAAGACAAUGGGAAGUGGGAGAAGCCAAGAGCACCUUUUGUCAUCGAUAAGAAGGAUGUGAUAACCAUUCUGAAAUGGUUCCAAGAGCUGAAGUUCCCUGAUGGGUAUGCAUCAAGCUUUAGACGGGGAGUUAGCCUACUACAUAGAAAGAUAUUUGGCCUCAAAAGUCAUGAUUACCAUAUCUUCAUGGAACGCCUACUUCCUGUUGCAUUUCGUGGCUUCCUUCCAGAGGACAUAUGGAAGUGUCUAGCAGAGCUAAGUUAUUUCUAUAGGCAGCUAUGUGCAAAAGAACUUAGCAAGGAUACCAUACGUUCACUUGAGGAGAAUGUUGUUGUUCUUGUAUGCAAAUUGGAGAAGAUAUUCCCUCCUCGUUUCUUCAAUCCCAUGCAACAUUAAUCAUACAUCUUCCAUACAAAGCUCGGCUAGGAGGUCCUGUAUUAGCUCGAUGGAUGUACAUCUAUGAAAGGUAACAUCCAUUUUCCUUAUGAAGCUCGAUUGAUAAAACGUUGAGUCCUGAUUUUUUUCUCAUAAUUACUUUAUCUGCACUAACAGAUGUAUAGGGAAACUUAAAUCAAAAGUACGCAAUAAGGCUCGAGUUGAGGUUCCAUUGUUGAGGCUUAUCUAGUUGAGGAGGCAACCAAUUUUCUCUCCUUGUAUUUCAAACACAAUGCCCGGACAGUUAGGAACAAGGUGCCUCGCUAUGAUGACGGCACCUCUACAUUUGUAGCCAAAUGCAACCUUGGCAUAUUUCAAUUCCCUGGUCGAUGCAUGAGUCCUCAAGGAACUUAUGAGCUCUCAACAGAAGAGUAUAAGGCUGCAUUCUUGUACAUAUUGAUAAACAUCCCGGAGAUGGAGGAUUUGUUUGAGUAUGUUUUUUCUUUAACUUUUUUAUCCAUUUAGUAACAUCUAUGACACAAACUGAACAAACUUUAUUAUUUAGAGAGUUCGAUAAGGAACAAUGGAGGAGCCGAGUUGUGCCUACAGAGAAGCAACGUCGUGAGUUAAGAUUAAAAGGCUGGAAAGCAGGCCGUUCGAGAAAUCAUGGUCCUAACUUUUUUGACUGGUUUAAAACUAAAGUAAGGCUCUUGACCACUUGAAACUAUAUGUAAUGCAAUUCUGAACUCAACUCAAACUAAUAUGAGUAACUAUAUCUUGCAGUGCACGAAGUCAUCUAGCAUUCACAAUGCCUUAUGUGAAAUGUCAUAUGGCUUUCGUACACGAGUGAAAACCUAUGGAAUAUAUGAUGUGAACGGAUACCGGUUUCGUUCAUAAAAGUAUGAGAAGUCAAAAUUAGCUACAGUCAAUAUUGGAGUGUGUGUGCCUGUGCUUGAUGAAUAUGACAACCCACUUGAUUAUUAUGGUGUAAUUGAAGACAUGAUCAAAAUAACUUGGGAAGGUAGCCUUGGACUUGAGCUUGUCCUGUUUAAGUGUCGUUGGUUUGAUCCAACUCCCACUGGAGUUAAGCGGACUGAAAACUUGGGAUUGGUAGAGAUAAAUCACACAUCCAGGCUCUCUAGUUUUGAUCCAUUUGUGAUGGCCUCUCAAGUUACUCAAGUAUAUUAUUUGGAAUACCCGUGCAAUUCUAGACCAGAUCUACAAGAAUGGUCAGUUGUAUACCGGGUUUCUCCAUUGGGCUACAUUCCUCCAAGUGAAACUGACAACCAUUCUGAAGGAUCAUCACAUGAUGUCUUAUUUUAUCAAGAGGAUGGGUGUCGGUGUCAAAACCGGCGGAUCUCGGGUAGGUGGUCCCGAACUG